AUGUCUGCUGCUGAGCUCGCGUUUGCUCAGGUCCAGGAGGACAAGGCUCCCGCCAUUCCUCUCUCGCCUGAGGCCGAGGAGCGCUUCAACCGCAUCACCCGCAACCUCCAGGAGGUCACUAGCGGUGACAUUAUCCGCAAGGUCCUCUCCGAUGGAGAGACUCCCCGUCUCUACUGGGGCACCGCGACCACUGGUCGUCCCCACAUCGCAUACUGCGUUCCGCUCAUGAAGAUCGCCGACUUCCUGAACGCCGGUGUCCACGUCAAGAUCCUCCUUGCUGACCUGCACGCCUUCCUCGACGCCAACAAGUCGACCAUGGAGGUCCUCCAGUACCGUGUCCAGUACUACUCUCACCUCCUCCACGCCGUCUUCACCACCCUCGGUGUCCCGACUGACAAGCUCGAGUUCGUGACUGGUUCCAGCUACCAGCUCACUCCCAAGUACACCAUGGACAUGUACAAGUUCCACGCCCUCACAACCGUCAAGGCUGCCGAGCACGCCGGUGCCGACGUCGUCAAGGAGUCUGAGUCGCCCCUCAUGUGCUCGCUCCUCUACCCCGGCCUCCAGGCUCUUGACGAGGAGUACCUCGACGUCCACAUCCAGUUCGGUGGUGUCGACCAGGUAAGCUCCGAAAGAACUGAUGAUAGCUAA